UUUUCCCGGAAAAAUUGGAAAUAUCUUAACUUGGAAAGCAAUUAUGGGAUCGAAAAAUCGGCGAAUUUCACAUAAUUCGUUCCUAUUUCCAAACCCUAUUACAAACUUCGUAUACUUCAUAACAAAAGUUUAAAUUAAAGAAAAAUUUGGUGAAUUUUUUUCAAAUAAUUGCCAUGUACUAAUGAUCUUUUGAAUAGUAUAGAAGUAAAAUACGAAGGGGUCACCACCUACCCAAAUAUUGUCACGUGCACAAUGCAUGGUUUGUCGUUCUCUCUCUGGCUGCGGAACCACAUUCAACGAACCUGAAAACACGAACUUUUUCGACUUUCGUUUUUAUUGUUUAUUACUAUAAUAUAAUAUAAAGAAUGAUAAAUAUAAAAAAAUAAAAAUAAACCUUUGUUGAAUAUUAUUAUUAACAAUGUGGACAAACCACAAGUUGCUGGGAAACUUUUGAUUAUUCUAUAUAAGAACCCCACUAAUGGAAUCCUUUUAUCUCAACAAUUAUUGUUCAAACAUUAAUCCAAUAUUUAUUACAAGACUCAGAAAAAAACAUUGCAAAUUAAUUAGUUCAUAUCUGUCUUGAAAUUAAUUGUCGAAAGAUACAGAAGCGCGCGCGCGGCAAACAAAAAAAAAAAAAAAGAUGAAAUCGAAACACGCUUUUAUGCUCAUUGUGCAGUUCUUGGUCUUCGCUUUAGCCUUUGAGGCUGCGAUCGGUGCGACCUGCACAACACCGAGUUCAGCCGGUUCGGAAGGCGGAGACAAGUACAGAUGGUACUUAACACCCGAGGAUUUGGCCAACACCAAAUGGCUUAGUGGUGUUCCUAAUUACGACGUCGUUAAUAAGCUCUUCGAGGAAGGCCGGACCCACGUAUGGGAAGCUGGAUCACUUGAAGAAUAUGUGCAAAGUCUUGUGAAGACAUGGGAAUUUGAAUUGGUUCAAAAAGCCGAUCCAAAUGAUUACAAAACAGUUGUUCCAAACUUUAUCCUAGGAAUCAAUGGGAAGAAGUAUUUUACAUUGGAGCAAAUUGGAAAGAUAGGGGGAAGCUACAACGUGUUCCUUCAAACUUCGUUACCGCCAUCACUUCGAUUUUACAACCCCGACGAAGAAACGUACAACUCGUCUCAGACGGUGUUCAAACAAGUGUUUCCACGUGGAUUUGCUUUCGAGAUACUUCAAGUUUUUUCGGGCCCACCUGUCAUCGCUUUCAAGUUUAGGCAUUGGGGUUAUUUCGAGGGAUCUUACAAGGAAUAUGCACCUACCGGCGAACUCAUCGAAUUCUUCGGAACUGCCAUUUAUACGUUGAAUGAGGAAUGCAAAGUGACGAACGUUGAGUUUUUCUUUGACCGCGGAGAGUUGCUGGCUGGACUACUUAAGGGCAAAACUUCCGAUGAAGCGGCCGCACUUUCCGGCGGCUGCCCCUUCGUACAAUAAUAGUUUGGCCAUGGAAGAAAAAUUGAUCACUUCAUAUAAUUUUUACUUUUUUUUUUUUUGUUUAUGGAACCAAUGUUGAAUAAUUUGAAUAGGUUGUAAUGAUCUAUUCAUGUGUAAUUUGGAAUUAAUUUUUUUUUUUGGUUUUCAAAAUUUGAUUCAAGGGCUUAUAAGCUUAUUCUUGAAUUGAAUAAAUAUAAGAAUUUCCUCUAUAACAUGGGGAAUAAAUCACGAACACCUUGAAUUCAAAUGUAUUAUGAAUAGCAAUAAAAACUUGAGACUGAAUUUGUAAGUCUACGUGAGUCUUUUUUUUUUCCAUUC